UCAAAACGAACAAGUUCUGCCGUCAUUCCAAUCCCGCAAGGCUUUCAGUCACGUUCCUGCUAGCGUAGGAGAUAGUCAGAAGCGAAGGGGACAGAUUACGCACAUACAAGUUUGAAGCAGUUGACGCUUUAAAAUUGAAAAUGUUUACCGGAUUAACUAAUCAAGUUUCGACAUGGAUAGGCAAGAAGGCCGAGAGCGGUGGUACGGAAAUGCCGGCCGAAAAAAAGAAGGUUCUCACAUCACCACUCGGUGAAGGAAAACUUGUCGAAGAGAAAAAAGAUAGCCCGACCAAAGGCAUCAAAAAGUUGGAGAUGUUUGCUGGUGUGAAGACUCAGAUGACAGGCUGGCUUAGCGGCGGAAUAGCAGGAUUAGGUCGCAGUGGUGCACACGCAAACGAAGGUGAAUCACCGGCACCGGUGAACGAGGCUCAGGUAGCGCAGAAUACCCAGGGCCCCGCCGAACAAGUGAAGGACGACGACGCCAGUAGUGCAACUGGAGGAGCGGACAGUGGACCUGCGAGUUUAGAAGGUACGCCGACCGACGACAAAAACGGUCCACAAGCAUUUGGCUCCGUUUCCACGAAGGCGCUGGAGAGUGCGAAGAGCCUGGGUGGACUUCUGUACAGCGCCGUGAACAAGGCCGGAAAGACCGUCGUGGAGGCUGGCGUCAAGAUCAAGAAGACCGUCGAGGAGAACAGAUUGGUCGCCGAACUGAACAAAGAACAGGAGGCCUUCAUCGCCAACAAGCCGACCGAGAAGGGCGAGGCCGUUGCACCGUGGGUCGGCGCCCCGAACGAGGACGUACUGCGAGAAGAAUGCUUGUGUCUCUCAACGGACAAAAGUAACUUCCUAAGACCCCCACCGGUGGGUGUUGAUUUCGCAUGGGACUUUGAGGCUGUACAGGCAAUGGCCGAGGCCACCCUUGCUCUCGAUCCGAAUUUGGAAAAUAUGAGGUUCCAGCUGGUACCUAAGGAAAUAUCCGAGGAGCAGUUCUGGCGGAACUAUUUCUACCGCGUGUCCGUUCUGCGCCAGAGCCACGAGCUGAACGUCAUGGCACAGGCGGAGAACAGGGAGAACUUGACCGGGACCGUGAAUCAACCCGAAGUUCAAGUGACCACUGGCCAGGAAACCAGCGGAACCGUGACGACCGGAAGUAACAGCGCGUCGGCAGAUUCGCCAGGCCACGAAUUCGUGUCCGAUAGCAUGAGGGUCACGGACACGGACCUCCAAGAGGUCCGGGAGGGCAUGAAAAAGUUGGGGAUGCAGCCGCCGAAAGAAGAAGAUUGGGAACGCGAAUUGGAAGCCGAGCUGAAGGAUUACGAAGUAGUUACCAGCGCAGAGGAUAAGAACGGCGUCCCAAUGCCCGCCAGGGACACGACCGAUAAAGACGAUUGGCAGAAGCAGAUCGACGAACUCCUAGCCAACGAGGACGACGAGGACCUCAAGUGAACCGGUGAGAUCCUCUUUCGGACCGGUUAGAAGAGGAUCUCGCCGUGUUUCAAUUGAGAUCCUAAAGGAGGCAGUGCGAGAGAUCGCCGGCCUGGAUUAUUUGUAUCUUUCUGUACCGUCGAUCGUUCUUCCGAAUUGGGAGAGGAGGAUAUUGUAUUGUGGAUUUGCUUUUACUGUCUGGUCCCUUUCUCUGUCUUUCACUUCUUUGCA